UUGCAGUCAAGAAGAUGCAUCUUCUGGAAAGAAAACGAGAUGGAGUGGGAUCAGAUGUGACUGGCAACUUAGAGACUGCUUCCGCAGUUGAUGGUGUUAGUGUUACCUCUCCAAAGAGGUGUUUAGUUAGGUUGACAAAAUGUGGGGGAAAAGUCAAGCACAAAAGAGUUCAAGUCAGACUAGUGUAACUGAAAUUGAUCCAGGACCAAAAGAAGAUGAACCUGAAGAAAUCGGGUCAGAUAGUGAAAGUGAAAGUGAAAGCUUGGGUGGAUUUAUUGUUGACAGCUCUGAUGUUUCAGAAAGUAAUGAUGUUUCGAGUGAGUCAAAUAGGUCAGAUGAUGAUGUGAACUUCGAGGAGGUUCUAUCAACAAUUCAGAGGAACAAAGAUCACAACACAAAGUGGGAGUUUGAGGCAGACAUGCUUGCUGCAUUCGGUAAGGAUCCAGAGCUGUGCAUGAAAGCUGUAUGUGCUCUUUAUAGACAGCAAAGUUCUGGGGAAAAAGUUUAUAAGGAAACUUUCUUAUUAAACUCUCGUGGCUUUAGCAAGUUUGAUGCUUUAAGGGGCUCGAAAUUGGCUGAAUUUCUUACUGAUGGAGACCCAUACUGUGAUCUGAAGAAAACCGUAGAGGAGUUGGAGGAGUGUGACCCGAUGGCCAUUGAAAUGUGUAGAGAUUUAGCAAAUCGUUACUCUAAGCAACUAUUUGAGAUCUACAAAAACAAAGAGGAUCCUCUCUUUCUGCCUUCUUGACGGUGCAAGCAACUUGCCACUAAUGAUAUGCAUGUACAUUCUUCAACCUCUACCAGAAAGUAGUAGUCCUAUUAGAGAUGCGAGAGGAGUUUUCUUUUUGGUAGCCGAGUGUGUCUCUUCUCGGUAACAGACUACCAAGUUUGUAUAUAAAACAUGCAAGUAGGAACGUCAGAAAAAUUAGGUCGCUUGUAUUAUAUAGUCCCAUCACUCCUAUGAAUAUGAAUGCCUUGUGUCUAUAUAUGCUUUUAGAAAGGUAGUGUUGUUGUACAGGUAGCUAACU